AUGGGGAUGUUUCCAUCAUCGUUUGAUAAGAACUACAUUUUGGUGGUGGUUGACUAUGUGUCUAAGUGGAUAGAAGCAGUGGCAAUACCCACAAAUGAUGAUAAAGUGGUAGUAGAGUUUAUGAGAGCUAAUAUCUUCGCAAGGUUUGGAGUUCCAAGGGAACUACCAAGUGAUGAAGGUACACAUUUCCUUAAUCUCCUUAUGGAAAACUUGCUUAGAAAGUAUAGUGUGAAGCAAAAGAUUACCACCCUAUACCAUCCUCAAACAAGUGGGAAAGUAAGAGUUAAGGAGUUUACAGAUGGCCGUAUUGUGAACAUGAUGCAGGCAUUGGAUGCUGGGUGGAUUGUUGAGCACCCCAGAAGGGCAACACAAGCUAAGAAGGUACCAAAUACAGAGGAGCGUCCAACAGAGACUUCUGGACCUAGAAGACCUCAGCUCCAACAUUUACAUUUAGGAGUUCCUCUUAUUGACGAGGACUCUCAAGCACACAUGGACCAAAUGAGUAUGUUAUGA